AUCAAUUUUGAUUGUAAAAAAAAAUUCUCUAUAUAGGUGUGUGUAUGUAUAUAUAUAUAUGGACAAACCGACCUUGUUCUUUAAUGAAUUAAGACUUGAUAAGUAAUUGUAUUCAGAUCAAAAUUAAUGAUGUUGAACUUGAAGCUCCAAUAUUAUCCUCUCUCCCAUCGUCCAUGCCUUUUAACUCUCCUCUUAAUAAUAUCAUCAAUAAUGCCUCUCGAUUUUAUUCGCUGCGAAGUGGGCACCGCUAGCUCGUACGCCCCGCCAUUCUUACCCACGGCUUGUUACGGAAACGAUCCCGGGCAAUUUCCGUCAAGUAAUCUGUUUGGAGCAGCAGGAGAUGGGGUAUGGGAUAACGGGGCAGCUUGUGGGAGGCAAUAUUUGGUGAAGUGUAUAAGCGCAUCCACACCGGGGACGUGUGUUCCGAAUCAAGUCAUUCAAGUUAGGAUCGUCGAUUUUGCACUACAACUGCCUUCCCCCGCAACAGAGGGUGGCACAACCAUGGUCCUCACCGAUACCGCUUUUGGCACUAUUGCAAAUCUAUCCGCCACUUCCAUUAACAUUGAAUUUCAACAGAUUUAAAUAUUGGUGACAUUGUGUUUUUCAAAUAAUACGUACUUUUAUUCAUAUGUAAUCGGCAACGUUUAUUUGCUGCUAGCUACUCUACAAUGUUUUCGCGUUUUCGAAUAGAAAAAAUCAGAGUAUUUAUCUCGGUAUCCUAUAGUCUAAUUAAAUAUAGUUCAAUUUA